AUGUUCUUCUCUGCGCUGGUGGUGGUACCGUUGAUCCUCGGACCCAACGGCGCUGUCUCAGCACUGCCUGCAUGCCAGACUUUGGACCUGGAGGUGGCGCGGGCCCGGAGGAUCCAGGCGGUCCGAGGCCAAAUCCUUAGCAAGCUGCAGCUGGUGACGCCCCCCAAGGAAGAAGAGGUGCCCAACCCUCUGCCCGCCGAGGUGAUGCUCCUGUACAAUAGCACGCAGGAGCUGGUGCGGGAGCCGGCAGCCUGCGGGGGACAGCGCGCGGCCUGCAACGAGGAAGAGGACUAUUAUGCCAAAGAAGUGCAGCGAGUGGACAUAAUCCGGGCGCUCCGAGCCAAAACCCGUAGCAAGCUCCAGCUGGGGACGCCCCCAAAGGAAGAAGAGGUGCCCAACCCUCUGCCCGCCGAGGUGAUGCUCCUGUACAAUAGCACGCAGGAGCUGGUGCGGGAGCCGGCAGCCUGCGGGGGACAGCGCGCGGCCUGCAACGAGGAAGAGGACUAUUAUGCCAAAGAAGUGCAGCGAGUGGACAUGUUGACCCUUGGGCAUGCUGACAACUCCAUCUCCAGUCCCUUGUCCUCCCCAUUCUUCCGUUUCCUGUGCUUCAAUGUCUCCGCUGCUCACCCCAACCUCAGCAGCCUUAUCCAGGCUGAGCUACGGAUUUACAAGGUCCCAAAUCCAGGGGCCCAAGCCACCGAGCAGCGUGUGGAGCUCUAUCAGGUGAUGCCGGUGAGGGAUCCUUCUGCCCCAGCCCAGCGUUACGUGGGAAGCCGAACUUUACUGCCCAGGCGCCGGGCCGAGUGGGUGUCGUUUGACGUCACCGAGAGCGUCAGCCAAGGGCUGGGGGACGGAGGAAGAAACCUCAGCUUCAAACUGGGGUUGCACUGCCCCUGUUGUACUUCCAUCCCAGCCAGGAACACGAUUCACUCCCAGCACAGCGAGCCAUUGGAAGUCCGCUUUGCAGGUCUUGAUGACGACCUCAUCAAGGAGGCGUGGAAAGGGUGGUCCAGAGCCCCGGACCUCACUAACAAAGCCCCCCACCUGAUCCUCACCCUGAUGCCCCCAAACCAGCUGGACCCUGCCCUGAAGGGCCGGCAUCGCAGGGCAGCCAACGCUGCCAGCUGUCCCAGGAACACAGAUCAGGACUGCUGCGUUCACUCACUGUACAUCGAUUUCCGUAAGGAUCUGAAGUGGAAGUGGAUUCAUCAGCCGAAAGGCUACAAAGCCAAUUUCUGCGCCGGGAGCUGCCGAUAUAGCCAGAGUACCAAUACGCAUUAUAAUAUGGUACUCCCCUUGUACAACAAGCUGAACCCCGAAGCUUCGGUGGCGCCUUGCUGCGUCCCGCGCAAACUGGAACCUUUGACCAUCCUGUACUACGUCGGCCGUCAGCCCAAAGUUCAGCAGCUGAGCAAUAUGGUUGUGAAAUCCUGCCGUUGCCGUUGAAAUGGGGGGGGGAGAAUUCACAAGGACCCCCUUCCCGCUAUGGUCAGGAGAAGCGACUUAACAAGAGCCCCCUUUCCUCUCCCAGCCUUCAAACAAAGAGGAUUUUUUUCUUACGGCUCCUAAUCUCCCUGGGAGGAAGAUCCAGAAAGUAUCUGGUCCUCAUUCCCAAGAGAAAUUCCUCUUUUGUUAUCGCACGUGGGCCACGUGGCUGGAGAAUGGCUACCCAGGGGCGUGAGAACGGCUCUCUGCACAUGAUCAGAGGCAUUCUUCCCUUUUCGGCCCUUCCUAUGCAGCUCUGGCACAUGGAUUCUGCGCAAGGUUUGCCCCAGGGUGGAGCAAGCGUUCCCUAAAAGCGAUCUACCAGGAAUGGGGUGAGGGGGGGCGGCUAGAUUCUUCUUGGAGAAAAUCUCAAAGCAACUGUUGAGACCUGCUUCCUUCCUGCUCCACCAUGCGAAAACAAAAACCGGGUGAAGGAUUGGCCUGGAGAGAACAAGGGCUAAAUGCUGCGAUGCAAAAAAAAAUCAGGCCGCCAAUCUAAGGACCGCUUGGUCGGGCACGGAGAACGUAGGGCAGAGAGAGAAAGGAGGCUGUGUGUUUAAGUGGGGCGUAAGGGGCAGCAGAGAGAGGAAGGCGGGCAGACAGGAGAAGCUUCAGGACUCAGAUAAAUAUUUGAUGGCGAGUUUUGCGGUUUUCAAGUCGAGCUGCAAACAAACGUGGCACACAGAGAGAUGCCAAGCUCUGCCACACAUUUGCUUGGCACCGACUGUCUAGGAAGUGGGGGGAGAAAGCCAGGGAUGAGGAGGAACUCAGCCAUGGAGCAAACAGGGAGCUGCUAAAUCCCCCGGCGACCUGACCUUUAUUUCUUCGACUGAGCGAAGAGAUCUGAGAGCAACCGAAAUUUAGCAGAUGGGGUUUUGCCUGUCCUAAGUUUUUCAAGCACUGGGGGGUAGAGCGAGACGGGGCUCUUUCGGCCACGGGUGCAAGAUUUACCCAGCUAGGGAGCUAAAUUGAUUGCUGGCUGGGAGAGGAAGCAACCGCAGAGUUCAGGAAUCGGACACGUUGUUUGCAUCUAGUUUGCAAACUCUCCUGCUAUGCUGGGAAAACUGGAGGCUGUUUUUCAAGAAGUGGAGCCCGCCAGUUCCUGGGGCACACCAAACUAGUUGCAAUUUUCUCUCUGGAUGUCAUCCCGGCGAUGUCGGAUUCCUACUGGAGGGCGCCCCGGAGACCCAGCUCUGCCAGCGGAAGCCAAAACUGGAGAGAAUCCUUUUUCCUCCUUCUGACACGCUUCCCUCCCCCUGCCCCCUGCAAAAAAAGACCUCCAAAACAGAUCUUUUGCAGAAAGAUUUUAAAAGGCGUUCGAGAUCAGCCCCCGUUCUGCUCCACAAGGCCAGCGUGGACUUCUGGUUUUCUGCCACGGCGUCAGAAUCCACUUCCGUGGCUCCCAAAGAAGGCGUAAAACUUUGAGACUUUAUUGGCCAAAUUUUUUUUUAAAAAGGAACGGGGUGCAAUUUAAGAAACCUAUCUAUCGACUCAUGGCCUUCCCAGUUCUUGGGGUUGCAGGGUCGAGGGGGGGCUCCCCAAGAGGGACGGAGAAAUGGAGGGACCCUCCUGGCUCUGCCUUUGGCACUCAGAUGAUUCCUCUUCCUUGCAGCUGGAGAUGAAGCUUGUUGACAUGACUUUCCAUCUGUUCGGUGAGCGGGUGAUGCACUCCUAGUUUUUUCUGGUAAUCUGGGUUGGGUUGGGAAGGAGAGGAAAACGAGAUCGGGUUACAAGCAUCGUCCUGCAGAAGACGGGGCACCGGGGGAAUGGGGCUGUACCCACGGGCUCAAAUUCCGAGACGUGCACUUCUUUCGGCUCCCCGCGUCAAGAGAUCUGGCGUCCUGCCUGGUCCUUUUGCUGCUCCCUGCUUUGCAGUUCAUUCUCCCCUCCCUCCCCAGGCCUUUCUGUUUUUACGUGACCUUUUUAAGAAGUUGGAUGCACGGCGGAGCACGGCUGCAACGUCGCCAACUUUCAGCCUCGUUCAGCCACCGUUCGCAGUUACAACGGUGACGAAAAAGUAACUUUGCGACCAGUCCUCGCAUUUAUGACCAGCAAAGUUUCCUAAGCAGGAGCUGCACCAGACCCCCGCUGUAUCAGCCGCUCACUAGGCGCACAAUAAAUAAG